GUCAUACUUGUGGAAUUAAAAAGUAUUGGGAUAAUUUGAGGAUAAACAUACGGAAUAUUUUUUUUUUAUUUACAAUUGUAGAAUAAAUUGGCUAUCAUUUAAAAGAACUCCAGUAAUAUUUGGACACGUGUCCAGGAAGUUGACGAAUUCCGAAAUCUGGUGAACAAUACCGACGAGGACAGUAAAUUUAGUUGAAUGUAGUGGGUAAAAAAAGUAUUAGAAGAUAAAUAAUAACCGGGUUGACUAAGAAGUCCAAUAAUGGCGACUGCAUCGUCACCGCAGGUAGAUGACCUGGUGCAAUCAGUAAGCCUGCAUAAUCCACGUACAUUAAUAUUCAAUGGGUACAUUCUGCCGUUCAUAACCCUCCAAACAAUAUGGAUCUAUAGCUGGGUAUUUAUUUACGGACUUGAUGACUACUUCCACGAGGGUCUCGUUGGUAUCGCGGCGAUUGGUCUCCUCCAGGGGUUUCUUUGUCUCUGCUGUCAGUGGUCAGUUCACGUGUACUGUUUCCUUAACUGCAGCUCUGCCAAAGAUCCAUAUAGAGCGACAAUUGUCAAAGUCGUGCCAACUCCGAACAAUGGGAGCUCGGAACUGGUUAAACUGCAUCAUUCAAAGGACGUAAAGAAUCCUUGGUUUAUUUUCCAAAAGACGAAGUACUGCUGGGACCCGGAUAAGAAACAGUUUCAAUGUCUUGAGUUUCCUAUCAAUGAGGUGAUAAAAAGUUACUCGAACUGGAAGGGAUAUUCUGAUGACCAAGAUGUUGCUCAGGCGGAAAAUAAAUAUGGAAAAAAUAUGCUGGAGAUGGAGAUACCUGAGGCAUGGGAAUUAUUUAAAGAACGCGCUAUCGCGCCGUUCUUUGUAUUCCAGGUGUUCUGCGUGUUCCUGUGGUGCUUUGAUGAAUACUGGUACUACAGUAUCUUCACAUUAUUUAUGCUGGUUAUGUUUGAGUACAUGCUGGUACACCAGCAGAUACGUAACAUGGCUGAAAUUCGUAGAAUGGGAAGCAAACCCUACAUGAUUAAUGUUUACCGUAAUAGAAGAUGGAGGAAUAUGCUGACUGAUCAAUUAGUACCGGGUGAUAUUGUUUCGAUUACGAGAACACAGAGUGAUAAUAUUGUACCUUGCGAUAUUUUAUUGUUGAGAGGGCAGUGCGUUGUUGAUGAGAGUAUGCUGACAGGCGAAUCUGUACCGCAAAUGAAAGAAUCCAUUGAAGAUAUUGAUGGUAAUCAAGAAUUAGAUCUGUCAAGACAACAUAAAAUUCAUGUUUUAUUUGGUGGUACUAAAGUUGUCCAACACACGCCUCCAAGCAAAAAUACAUCCGGUUUACGAUCAACGGACAAUGGUUGUGUGGGUUACGUAUUACGAACAGGAUUUUCUACCUCGCAAGGAAAGCUUCUGAGGACGAUAUUAUUUGGCGUCAAACGUGUUACCGCGAAUAAUUUAGAGACAUUUGGAUUUAUACUCUUUUUACUUAUUUUUGCGAUUGCUGCUGCCGCUUACGUCUGGAUGAACGGUAUCGCUGAUCCAACAAGAAGCAGAUAUAAAUUAUUUUUAGAAUGUUGUUUAAUUCUAACAUCUGUCAUCCCGCCGGAAUUACCGAUCGAAUUGUCACUAGCUGUUAAUUCAUCAUUGAUUGCACUAUCAAAAUUAGGUGUGUACUGUACUGAGCCAUUCAGAAUGCCGUUUGCUGGAAAAGUCGAAAUAUGUUGUUUCGAUAAGACUGGCACGCUGACGAGUGACAAUUUAGUCGUGGAAGGAGUAACUGGCAUUGAUGGUACUACUGAGGUAAUAAGUGUUGAAGAUGCGCCGAUAGAGAGUGUCCAGGUAUUAGCUACCUGUCAUUCAUUGGUACAAUUGGACGAUGGAAUUGUGGGAGAUCCAUUGGAAAAAGCAACUCUGAAAGCUGUGAACUGGACACUAACUAAAAAUGACGUACUGAUACCGAAAAAAGGACGUGCGCGCCCUUUAAAAAUAGUUCACAGACAUCAUUUUUCAUCUGCGCUAAAGAGAAUGAGCGUUGUCGUCGGUUACAAUUCACCCAAUACCACCGAAACUAAUUACAUUGUUACAGUAAAAGGCGCGCCGGAAACUUUGAAAAAUAUGUACUCAUCAAUACCUGAUAACUAUGAAUCUACUUAUCUGUCGUUGUCACGUCGGGGCGCACGAGUGUUGGCUUUGGGAUAUAAAAAAUUACCGGAAGUUGUGACGUCGCAAGAUUUAAGAUCAUUAACCCGAGAUGAAUUGGAAUCAGAAUUAAUUUUCGUUGGUUUUGUUAUAAUAAGUUGCCCUUUAAAACCCGAUUCAAGUGCUGUCAUUAAAGAAAUAAUCAACGCAUCUCAUUUUGUCGUUAUGAUAACUGGUGAUAAUCCACUGACAGCUUGUCAUGUCAGCCGAGAAUUACAUUUUACAAAAAAACCUGUCACUUUGAUACUGACUAAAAGUAAUAAAGAAAAUUGGCAUUGGGAGAGCGUUGAUCAAAAGACAACGGUCUCACUUGGUCUUGAGAAUAUAAAAACAGAAGGCAAAGAAAUUUGGAAAAAGUAUGCGCUCUGUUUGACUGGCGAAGGCUUGGAUUAUUUAAAAGAUUACGAUAAUUAUUUAUUUACUGAAUUAUUACCACAUAUUGUAAUAUUUGCCCGCUGCGAGCCUAAACAAAAAGAAUUUAUUAUUAUAUCCCUCCAACGGUUGGGUUUCGUUACAUUGAUGUGUGGUGACGGUACCAAUGACGUUGGUGCAUUGAAGCACGCACAAGUUGGUGUUGCUAUUUUGAGCGGUCCACCAGGAGAAAAGAAAUCCUCAUCACCAAACCGCGAGCCCAAUCAAGCCAAUAAUUCUCAAGCAUCAGUUACUGCCACAGCUAACAAUCCAAAUGGACCGCAGUCGCUAACAAACAAUCAAAACCGGCCGCAAAAUAUGACGCGGCAACAAAUGAACAACAUGCAGCUACAGCAAUUGUUGAAAGAAAUGGAAGAACAAGAUCAGACGGUUGUUAAACUAGGCGAUGCGUCAAUCGCCGCGCCAUUCACCAGCAAACUGUCAUCGAUACAGUGUAUUUGCCAUAUUAUCAAACAGGGAAGGUGUACGUUGGUCACAACCCUGCAGAUGUUCAAAAUAUUGGCGCUAAAUGCACUUGUGCUGGCUUACAGUCAGUCAGUUCUCUACUUAUCGGGAAUAAGAUUCACUGAUGCUCAAGCAACGAUACAAAGCUUUUUACUGGCACUUUGUUUCUUGUUUAUAUCGCGCUCUAAACCCCUAAAGACCCUGUCCAAACAAAGACCACUGCCUAAUAUAUUCAAUUUGUACACAAUACUCACGGUAUUGUUGCAAUUUGCUGUUCAUUUUUGCUGCCUUAUUUAUUUAGUUAGAGAAGCUGCUGUUUAUUCAUCGCCAGAUGACAAAUUGAGAGGCAUACUGACCGACUUGUCAUUGGCGCCAGCAAGUAUUGCUAACAGUACGGGUGUUGAUGGAGCAACAAAUGCUGAUGGAGAUGAAGAUAACGAAGUGGAAGCAAAUGUUGUUAAUAGUGCGGUCUAUAUUAUUUCAAUGGCAUUACAAAUAUCUAAUUUCGCAAUAAACUAUCGCGGUACUCCGUUCAUGGAAAGUUUAUUUGAAAACAAAGCUCUUUUUUAUUCAUUGAGCGGAAGUUUCGCAGCAGUUUUGGCGCUGGCUUUUGGAAUUUCCCCCCUCGCGGAAUCUCUUAAAAUAGUCGAUUUCCCACCGGAGUUUCGUAAUAUUUUAAUUGCCGUUUUAAUUAUUAAUUUUGUCGCGGCUUACGUUGUUGACAGGUCAUGCAGAUGGUUGUUUGGUGAAGGGAGUCUACAAAAAUUGUGAUACAUUCAUUAUAAUAAAUAUUAUAGACAAUUAAAUUUACGAUUAAUUAAAUUUUAUCGUACGAAUCCAUGAGUUUCGCUAGAUAAUAAUUUUUUUCUAUGGUCUCAUAAUUAAUUUACGUGUGUAAUGACCUUUAUUUAAUUACUCUACAAUUUUUCUGUUAAACGGAUAGUAUUUUUUUUUUUUUUUUCAUUAAUUUUAAAAAUAUGUAAAUAAAUUCAAAUCGGCAACUACAUUUUUUAUUUAUGUAAUUUAAGUAUUUUAGUGCUCAAAAAAAAAAAAAGAGAAAAAAAUUAUAAGUUAAUUUAAAUUAUUAAUUUAACUUAUUGUAAUUGAAUGUCAUUACACUCGUGAUUUAAUUAAAAUUGCAGAUUAGAACUAAAAGAAAAUUUUUUUUUAUUAAUGAAAUAAUUAUUGUUUUCAUUAGUAUAAAUUCUAGGCAAAGAAAAAAUAUAAAGGAAAAUUAAUUUGUUGAGAUACGGUGCGGCGGAUGAUAAGAUACAUAAAGUAAAUAAACAUAAAAAUUGUGAAUGUUUAACCGAAGGAUUUAUAACUGACGAUAUUUAUAACAAAUAAUCAUUACUAUUAAAAUAAUAAUAAUAUUAAUAAUGAAUGAGUGUGAAUAUAGAAGACAAAUUUAAAAUUAUCAAUAAGUAGAGUAAAUAAUUAAUAAAAUAAAAUUUGAAAAAAUGGGCAUUUACAAAAUUAAAAAAUUAAUAAGUGCAUUUUUUCUAAAUAUUUUUUUUUUAAUUAUUUACUCUACUUAUUGAUAAUUUUUAAUUUGGUAUCUGAUACAUUUACACCCAUAAUAAUAAUUAUAAUAAUAAACAAUUUUAUAAAAAGAUUUGAUUUAUAAGAAUAGUAGACAUUCCAUUUUAUUUGUCAAUUUAAAUAUUUUAUAGUGAAUCAUCUUCGACUUAGUGUUUUUUACGCGAGCAAAUGAAUAUGAUUAAAUAAUAAUAACCAAUUGGUUAUCCGGUAAAACUGGUUUUUUGUUUCGAUUCGUAUAUAAUUACAAUACAUAAUUAUUGUUUAUAAUUUACUGUGCUGUGUUUUGCUGUCAUAAGUUAUAGAUGUACUUUAUAAUUUUUAAAAAUGCAGUAUACGAGUGUAAUGAUUAUAUUUAUGUCAAUGUGAUCAUCAAAAAUAUUUAAAUAAUUUAAAAAAUGAAUGUAAAGUAAUUUUAUGUUAAUAAAAAAAAAAAAAGAAAGAUUUAAUAAUUUAAAUGAUCAAUGUAUAAAUAAGUCUAUGAUUGUUUGUGAACUAAAUAAAAACUGUAAUUCC